UUAUUUGUUGUUUUGAUUCAUUUUUAUUUAUUUAUUUAUGUUGUUGUUGUUCUUGACUUGCUAACCUUCUCUGAAAAUUUUUUAGAUUUGGGCAUGUUGAUUAAACAAUUUUUAAAUUUUUUCGUAUUUCUUUUUUUACCUUAUUUCGAAUUUUUCAAAAUUCCAAGUCCUCACUAUUUUUUGUCGUUGUUUUUUUUAAUUUCUAAUGAUUCACUUCCAAACACUCUACUGGAUUUUCUCUCUCUUUCCAUUUUUAAGGAUUUUUUGCCAUUACGCAAAUCCCAAUCCUUCCCUCCUUCUUUUAAUUUUUUCCUUUUAAAACCUUUCCAUCUAACAAUCUUCAACAACAACUUCAUCAUCCCAUCAAAAAAAGAAGGAUAUCUUUCCAUUAUUCACUUUCAUAAAAACAUUUUCUCACAUACCACUACUUUUCUUCUAUUUCACAAAUGAAUUCUCUAGUUGAGAGACUUUUAAAGGAUUUGGAUAUUUAUUUAUUUAGUGGAUAACUCUUAGUAUGCCAUUAUUUGUGGAUUUUGUUUAAUCCUGUCUUUCCAUUUUUUAUAUCUACAUAUUUUUAGAAGGGUUUCUAAUAUGUAGAGUGGUUGUCGGUUUGGAACUGAGUCGAGAAUUUCUUGGUUCUUUUUUUUCAGUUCG